CAGUUGACACCGGCUAGAUACACCUCACCAGUCGUUGACAAUAACAUAUUUGAUACUGCAUCCGGUUUAACUUUCUACCCAAAACUCAUGCCUUCUUCUCCUUCCACACCGACUGCCUCGGUAACGGCUGGGGAAUACCUCGAGUCGCAGCUCCUUCUCGAAAAAGAGGCCCGCGAGAUUAUGCCGUAUGACCCAAACACGUGCUCGUACCAGUUUGGACCGAUUCGCCAGCAGCUCUUUGCGUGUCUUACGUGUAUUUCCAAGGACGGAAACCCCUCUGGCGUGUGUUACUCAUGUUCCAUCCAAUGUCACGCUUCCCACGAACUCGUGGAGUUGUUCACAAAGCGCAACUUUGCCUGCGAUUGUGGCACAACAAGAAUGCGUGCGAACAGUGCGUGCACAUUACGUGGCUCGCCGGGGGCGCUCGCCGACGACAUUCCAUCUGCAAGCAACGAAUAUAACCACAACUUUGCCGGAGAGUUUUGCGUUUGCGGACACCCCUAUAACCCGGCAGAGGAGACGGGGACGAUGCACCAGUGUUUUAUCGGGGCUGCGUGUGGUGAGGACUGGUAUCAUGAGGAGUGUAUCUUAGGGUAUCCUCAUGGAACGUUUACAAAGAGAGAAAGGGAUAGAGAUGAGAAAGACCAUAAUGAAAAAAAAGAUGCACUGGAAGAGAAAAACAUUCCGAUUGACGUAUCUUCUGACGACGAAGAGGUGACAAUCCCCGGAUUCCCACCCGCUGACUCUUUCGAGUACUUUGUUUGUUGGAAAUGCACGUCAAGGUUUCCCAAAGUGUUCCAAACCAUCGUGGAAGCUCUUCUGUCCGAUUUACAAGUACUCCCAUACACUCCGGUUAGCCUUGAACCUAUGAGCAAAAAGAGAAAGGUGGACGGGCCCUACUCCCUCUUUUUUGACGAUGCAUUCAAGGCCCGAUUGUCCCAGCUCAAGGAUUCAUCAGACGUGUCCAGUUUUGUCGAGGACCAUCCCUUUUUGGUUUCUGAUGACCCGGUGUACGAGCCCCCUCCGGAUAUCUCGGACGACGAAGGCAGCAUAUACGAUAUGGGCAGCAAGAUGUUGAACAGCAUGCCCCGUGAACAGGCAAUCGAGAGCAUCCAGGCGUACGAGAGCAUCAAGGACAAGUUGAAGGACUUUUUCAAACCGUUUGCCGAGGGGGGCAAGGUGGUGACCGAGGAUGAGGUGAGGAGCUUUUUUCUGAAGAUUAAAAAACCAUGAGUUGUAUUGUGGGUAAUACCAUUGUAAUGACGUAGCCCAGUUAGUUUCUUGAAUAUUUGAUUGUCCAUACCAUCGUAUCACUUGUGUAACUCCAUAGUUUUUUAUGCCAUAUAUUUUCCAAUGUUC